AUGAAAGUCACUUUCACUGGUCUGGCCAGUUUUGUGGCCACCUUUGGUGUCCUCAGCUUUGUAGGUCUGGUUUUGGCAAUUGGAACUGAUUUUUGGUACAUAAUUGACACUUCUAAGAGGGAAAACAGCUCAUCAGUGUCUCUGAGCUCACAUUCUGGACUCUGGAGGACUUGUAACUUUCAUAACCAGUGUUGGCCAUUUAUGAAUCCUUUUGGAGCAGGAAGAAACUUAUCAGAUUCACAAAGGCAGAUACUAAACAUGCAAGGAACGUUCAUUGUCUUGCUGCCGCUCAGUGUGAUUGUGCUGUUUGUUGGAGGAAUGCUUGGCUUCAUCAGUAUGUUGGCACGAGCCUACCUGCUGCUACUCCUGACCGGAGUGCUGCUUCUGUUCAGCGCUGUGCUCUCAUUGGCUGGAAUCUGUGUCUACAUGGCCUACUCUGCUGCUGCUUUUAAAGAGGCUGUGGGUAUCUCUGGCCACAAAACUCUGGAGGAUAUCAACAUAUACUUUGGCUGGUCUCUGGUCCUGGGGUCUCUUUCUUUUGUUGGAGAGCUCUGUACAGCCGUUGCAUUCCUGCUAGCCUCAGCAAGAGUAAGCCAGCUGACCAGUCAAGAGGAAGACAAAUAA